AUGGCAAUUAUAAAUAUUUGGUUAUUCCCUAUUUUCAUCGCUAUUUACUCAAUUCUAACACUUUUGAUAUGGUAGUUAAAAUUUGUCUAUUUUCUAUGAAAACUAGAGAAAAAAAUUGAUUUCAGUGUGAUUUUGUCGAUAAAUUCGCAUCAUUUUCCGGCGAAUUGGCCGUUUUUGAGUGAUUUUACGAAAUUUCAACCGGCCAAAAAUGCGUAUACUAUUAUGAGCAAUCAUAUUUUGCUCUUUUGUGAGUUAGAGGCUUCCUAAGCUCCCCCAGAAUCUAAAUUUCAGUACUAAUCUGGAUGUAUUUGAAACACCGUGAAUUGAAAUCUUACUUCCGCCAGGCAAAUCAAUCAAUAUACUACGAGAAAAUCUCGUGGGCCAAUUUAUUGAUCGGAAUUUGUGCGAUAAGUUGCUAUCAAUUAGCCGUGAAUUUCCCGGCGACAAAAGUCGCCUAUUUUGAGCUUUUCGGCAAUCGAAUUAGCCUAUGUUUGGGUCUUAUUUACAUUUGGAUACACUCGUUUUUGAGUUUGAAUGUGAGGGAUGAGAAUUUGAAUAAUUUACCGAUUUUUUUGAUGAGGAUUUGCUUGGGAAGUGUGGUUUUGUCGUUUUUAGCUGCUAGUAAGUCGAAUUUGGUUUAUGACGUGGUAUUGGGGCUCAAACCUAGAAUUGAAAUAUGCCUGAACCCGGAAAUUUCAGCCAAAAUUUGAAUUUUGGCUGAAAUUUUCGGUUUUUGACGUCAAAACUUGGUUCUGGAAUGAAUUUUCAUGAUUUUUCAAUUUGAAAACCAUGAAAAUUCAAGAAAUCCAUGCCUGAACCUGAGAAUUUCAGCCAAAAAUCAAAUUUUGGCUGAAAUUUUCGGGUUCUCGCGCAGGGGAACCUAUCGUCAAUUUUUUUUUUGCCAAAAUCAGGUUCCCGGGUGAAUUUUCAUGGGUUUUUCGGAUUCAAAACAUGAAAAUUCCCCCCAGAACCUAAAUUUUCACGAGAUUCGAUGCCUGAACCUGAGAAUUUCAUCCAAAAAUCAAAUUUUGGCUGAAAUUUUCGGGUUCUCGCGCAGGGGAACCUAUCGUCAAUUUUUUUUUGGCCAAAAUCAGGUUCCCGGGUGAAUUUUCAUGGGUUUUUCGGAUUCAAAACAUGAAAAUUCCCCCCAGAACCUAAAUUUUCACGAGAUUCCGUGCCUGAACCCGAAAAUUUCAGUCAAAAAUCAAAUUUUGGCUAAAAUUUUCGGGUUCUCGCGCAGGGGAAAAUUUUUUUCUAUUUUUCUACCCCUUAUCAAUUUUUUCCACGUCAUAACCAAAUUUCAGCCAAAAUCUGAAAUUUUCCAGUGAUCCAGGCUAACAAACUGGCCAAGCCAAACCAGACACUUUGCGCAAUUUACGAAUGGUGUUGUUAUUUUUCGUUCGCCAUGUUUUUGCUUACCGAUUCAUACGAAUUUCGAUUUAUGGUCUUCCGACCGCCCAAAUUGAUCAUUCGAGGUUGCUCAGGUUAUAACCCGCGAGUUUUUGAAAGUACAGAUGUUAGUGAGGAAGAUGAGAUACCAAAUAUGUCUCAGAGAUUUGUGAUGUGA